AAAACAAAAUCCAUUGUGAAGAAAUAUUGGUGUAUCAGAGAGAUUUUUAAAAGGCUCGUGUGGAUCCAGUUUUCCUCGUCUCACCUCGGCAUCGGUUUGCAAGCGCUCGACGUUCCUUGGCCUCUCGUGGCGUCAUCAUGAAUUCUGAUGAUCCAAGUCUGUCAAGCAUGUCUGAAGAGGAGGUGAAGUCAGGAGGUCAGGAACCAGCUAGAUCAAGAUCAAAAGAGCGAAAACACAAGCACAGGAAGAAGCAUAAGAGACAUUCUCACAAGCAUAAACAUAGGCACAAGUCUUCAUCCAGAAAAGAAAGGAAGCACAAAAAGCAUCGUUCCAAACACAGACACAAGGACUCAGAUAGUGAGAGUUCUGCGUCUGAAGAUGGAAGUGAUAUACAACUAGUGGAUGAACUUCUAGAGUCUGGCUUGGAAGCCGUUAAUAACCCUGGAACUCAGGCUCGAGAAAGAGGAAGAGAUGUAGAAAUCCUGAGAGCCCCAGCUGGGAACGGCAUUGUAGAAUCUAUGAAGAUUGUGGUCAAUAAUCACAAUGGCAGUAAAGAGGAACCAGUAACUGUUUCAAGUAGUGAAGAAGAAGUAGUGGAGGCAAGUGAAGAUAACUCGAGGGAAGCGUCAAGAAAAGCCGAGGAGUAUAACCUGGAUUCUUCAGAUUUCCUUCACAUUGAUGAAGACCUAAACUUGGAAGAACUUAUGAAGCAGAAGGCAGCACUACAGGCUUGCUUAGGAGCUUAUAUGAGUGAUGUAGAGGAAGAGGAGGAGCCAAAGCAAGCACCAGCAGUAGUUGAAAAGCCAGAAUGUGAUGUUGUGACAAUUGAAGAUUCAGAUGAUGGCCAGUCUAAGAAAAAGGAGAAACGGAGGGAGAAGGAGUCCAGGCCCAAAAAGCGGAAAAGAAGCAGGUCCAGAGGUGAAGUGGAAGAGAAGGAAAAGAAGUCUCGCAGGGAGAAGGAACGAAGAGACAAGGAGAGGAGAGAAGAGUCAGGCUCACGCAGAGAUGCUGUCUCCACAAAGGACCGGGAAAAGUCUGCUUCAUCUCAUGAGAGGUCCCGGUCAAGAGCUGAAGAGCGGGAACGUCUGGACCGCAGUCGAGAGAGAAGCCGUGAAAGAAGAGAGAAGGAGAGGCAAAUGAGAGAGAAGGAACGGGAGCAGAGGGAGAGAGAAUGGAAAGAGAGAGAAGAACGUAGAAAGAGAGAAUGGGAAAAGAGGAUGGAGGAAAGGAAAGAACGUGAGAGAUUACGUGAAGAAAGACUUAAAGAGAGAGCAGACAGCAGAGACAAGGACCGAGAUCGACGCAGAGAUGACAGCUAUAAGGACAGAGAGAGGGACAGAGACCGAAGCAGGCAAGAUGUUGACUACGGUAGAACUAGAGAAAUUGAUCGGGAAAGAGAAAGACAGAAAGAGCUUAUAUUUGGUAAGGCUCAGGAGUCUUCAUCAGAAUCAGAAGGAGGAGAUAUUGACUUUGAUGAAGAUGAAGAGGAAGAGGAGCAAAAGAUUGAGCGCAUGAGAAAGCAGCGAGAAGAACUAUAUAAAAAAUUGGGUGUUGAUCGAGAUUCCACUCAAGUAACACCAGCCAGCAGUGAAGUGCCAUCUCUCACCAACACGCCUCGUGACUCACCCGCCCCACAAUCAAGACCGGAAUCACAAAUGAAAAACGAAGGUGCUACCUCUCCCAAAGAACCAAAGUCUCGCUCAGGAUCCCCAGCCUCUAGAGCCUCCAGUUGCGACAGCAGCUCUAGGAGGAGGAGAAGCAGAAGUGGUAGCAGCAGGAGGAGGAGUAGAAGUCCCAGUUCCAGUAGGCAUAGCAGCAGAAGUAGUGAAGAUAAAGAGAACAAGAAGGAUAUGGAGAAUGAGGACACACAAGAUGAAAGCACCAUGAAUGAGCAGGAGAACAGUGAACAUGGGGUUCCUGAGAAAGACAGGAAGAAUAAGGACAUGUUCUCAGAUAUGUUUGGAGACAACUUUGCUGUUGACAAGCUGGGAGACAUCCACACCGGAAGCACAGAAAAUCCAAACUUAAUGGAUAACUGGGAUGAUGCAGAAGGGUACUACAGGGUGCGAAUUGGUGAAGUACUUGAUUCCAGAUAUACAGUUUAUGGUUAUACUGGACAAGGUGUGUUCAGUAAUGUGGUAAGAGGCAGAGAUGCUGCAAGAGCUGGCCAAGAUGUAGCUAUCAAGAUUAUCAGAAAUAAUGAAAUUAUGCACAAGACUGGCAAGCGGGAAUUGAACAUUUUAAAAACGUUGAAUGAUGCUGAUCCAGAUGACAAAUACCAUUGUCUUCGACUGUACAGACAUUUCUUCCACAAGAACCAUUUGUGUAUGGUGUUCGAGCCUUUAUCCAUGUCACUGAGAGAGGUAUUGAAAAAGUAUGGUAAGGAUGUAGGAUUGCAUGUAAAAGCAGUCCGAUCUUAUACACAUCAGUUAUUCUGUGCCCUUAAGCUACUUCGAAAAUGUAACAUUCUGCAUGCGGAUAUCAAGCCUGAUAAUAUUCUGGUUAAUGAAAAGAAGCUGGUGUUAAAACUUUGUGACUUUGGGUCUGCUUCAAAAGUGACCGAAAAUGAGAUAACACCAUAUCUAGUCGCACGAUUUUACAGAGCUCCAGAAAUUAUCCUUGGAAUGACAUAUGACUUCGGGAUUGACUUGUGGUCUGCUGCAUGUACAAUAUAUGAACUUUAUACUGGAAAGAUCAUGUUUCCUGGAAAGACAAACAAUCAGAUGUUGAAACUGUUCAUGGAUCUCAAGGGAAAGAUGCCAAACAAGGUCAUUAGGAAAGGAGCCUUUAAGGACCAACACUUUGAUGGUGCAUGUAAUUUCUUGUACAGAGAUAUGGACAAAGUGACAGAGAGGGAGAAGAUUGUAGUCAUGGCAACGAUCAACCCUACAAGAAACCUCCUCCACGAGAUGUUAGGGGAGUCCAACCUACCUGAAGACCACACGAGAAAGGUCACCCAGCUGAAGGAUCUCCUGGAGAGGUGUCUCAUGCUGGACCCUGUAAAGCGCGCCACCAUAGACAACUGUUUAAUGCACCAGUUUAUUAGGGAGAAAAUGUGAAUUAUAUGAUCUUGAAAUUUGUUUUAGGUUGUGAUGUGAGUGGGAUGUCACAAAUCUUGAGUUAUUAAGGGUGUGUGUGUGUGUGUGUGUGUGUGUGCACAUUGUGGUUGGUGUGUGAUGAAUGCAUUAUUGAUAUAUAAUAUAUUAGUAUUUCCUGAGAGUUAUUCUAUUGUCGAUUUACAGAGGAGAAUGAUAGUGCAAGUGAGAGUUCAUCUUCAUUGUUUUCUGUCUCGGGGAUAUCUGUUAACAAAUCAACAUGAUGAAAAUCAUCAUCUUUAUAAGCUAGAUUUAAUAACUUCAACUGUUACGUUUUCUGUGCAGGGAGCAGCAAGCUUGAACAACCUGUAGAAAGGGUUUGAUAAGACUUUCUUGUAAAUUGUGAUUCACAGAGGAGAGGGAAAGUUAAAAGAAAUUUACAGGGUAUUUUUGGGGUUGUCUGUUUUGAGAUAAAAAAAAAAAAAUUAUUUCCAUCUAAUACCUUAUAGGAUUUCACCUUCAUUUCUUUCAUGAAUCAGUAUGCCACCUGAAUCACACAUUGGCACCACAUCCUUUGGUUACAAGUGAUUAGUAUGGAAAAGGCAGAAAGUUUACACCGUGUGUCUAAUAAUUCUGAGAUAUAUUUUUA